AUGCAGUCGACAACACAGCCGGCCGGUGAAUUAGACGCAGACAUCGAUUUAUCUAGGACCGACCAGAACGAGAAUUCCUCGCUUGUGAGUCCAGCUGAAUUACCCUCUCCCCAAGACCCAAAGGAGCUUCCCGAAGAUAGCGCCAGUACUAGUACGAAUGGAAUCAAAAUUCAACCGACACUAGAAGUCUCACCACCACAAGAUUCAGAGAACUGCUCCAGUUUGAGGCUAUCCGAGAGGGAUUCAGAGAUAUGUGUUACAACAGCCAGGUGCUGCCAGUACAGCCGUGCUCAUGGUUCGAACAACAGCUGUCAAAGAGAGAGAGGUUCACCAGCGCUCCUACCGCCAUCUCCUGGACGUUGCGAGUCCCGUCAGGCGAAGAUCGCGUCCCGGGUUCGACUAAAAAAGACGUCUGAAACUGAAACGAAUCAACCAAUAUCUAAUGAAGAGUGGUGCGUGGAAGCUGCAGAACGGCUCGCCUUAGAUGUAUGUGCUCAGGCUGAUCUUAGAGAAGCUCUGGUCGCCGCUAACCAUGAAGAGGAGUCAAUAACCACUGAACUAUGGCGAGCGCGUUGCGUUCGUCUUGCGGCUGAAUGUCGCGUUCUAGACGCAGCCUUACAUAGGGCGGUGGACACACAACAUCGAUUAUCCUGCGCUUGCGCAAUGCACGAGUCGUCGUCCGUAGUACUGUGCUCCGCGUUGAAGGCCGCAGAUCGGGCUUUGGAGACCUACGAUGUGUUGCUGGCUUUGGCUGAGACGCAAAACGAUACGGAUAGUCCGGAGCGCUCCGCAGCUGAAGGGGUAGCUCGUCGGCUGCUGCGUCGCCUUGAGAGCGGACCUGUGUGGGGUCAGGCGAUGCUGUCCCCGGGACCGUGGCACGACCAUCAACAAAAUAAUUCAACGGAGGAAGAUCUAGACCCGUGGAGCGAGGAAUGUGAAGUGCGUCUGCGCAGACACGCGGCGCGACUCAAAAGAGAAACCGUCGCUCUACGCGCAUUGAGACCGCCACCACACAUGUAUUCACCGCACGUUGUACUUUGGCGCGAGAAAAGGCUGAGGAGAGUGAGCUGCGUCAAUACACAAAAGGACAAUUUACAACACAAGAGCGACGGAUCACGCGGCCGUCGCCGUGCGGAGAGGGAGCGACACUGGCUCGACACGCAAGCGUCUGAAACUGAUUUAUAA